AUCAGUUUGUGCUCUUCAGAAUUUGGAUGAUUCAAAGAUUGAGUAUAAAGAGAGGUUCAUGAGAUUGGCUGCAAGAAUUUGAGUUAAAUCCAAGGUUCUUGCUUUUCUUUGGGUUAUUUAUUGAAGACUUUUUAGUAGUGGAUACUGGAUCCUAGAUAAUACUUCACUUUUAAAGCUCAGUAAUUUGGAAUUGCAAAGAUGGUGGCAAGAUCAUGCAUGAAUUUGUUGAACUUGGUGUCAGGGGACAUUUAUAAUUUCCCUCAAUCUCCCAGAGCUCUUCCCCGAGUUAUGACUGUUCCAGGAAUUAUGUCUGAUGUAGAUGGCAAAUGCAGGGACAAUGAUGAUUCAAAUGCUUUCUCGUCAGAAUACAAUCGCAAGAUAAUUAUAGUAGCAAAUUUUCUUCCUCUCAAUGCUCAGAAGGACAAAAUAUCUGGCAAAUGGUGCUUUAGUUAUGACGAAGAUUCAAUUUUGUUGCAAUUAAAGGAUGGUCUCCCUUUAGACACUGGUGUUGUUUAUGUCGGAUCGCUGAAGGUUGAUGUUGAUGCUACUGAACAAGAUAAAGUUUCUGUCGAGUUGCUGGAGGAAUUCAAUUGCUUGCCUACCUUUAUUCCUUCAGACCUCCAAAAACAAUUUUAUAAUGGAUUCUGCAAGCAACAUUUGUGGCCUCUAUUCCAUUACAUGCUGCCCAUGUAUCCACAUUACUGUAAUCGCUUUGAUAGGUCACUGUGGCAGGCUUAUGUUUCUGCUAACAAGAGAUUUGCAGACAAAGUCUUGGAAGUCAUUAAUCCAGAAUAUGAUUACGUAUGGGUUCAUGAUUAUCAUCUUAUGGUUCUUGCAACAUUUUUGCGGAAGAAGUAUUGUCGUGUCAAGCUAGGAUUUUUCCUCCACAGUCCAUUUCCUUCAUCGGAAAUAUUUCGCGCUCUGCCUGUUAGGGAUGAAAUAUUGAAAGCACUACUUAAUGCAGAUUUAAUUGGUUUUCAUACAUUUGAUUAUGCUCGCCAUUUUCUAUCCUGCUGCAGUCGAAUUCUUGGCUUAAAAUAUGAAUGCAAAAGGGGUUACAUUCAACUUGAAUACUUUGGCCGUGUAAUAUUCAUCAAAAUUUUGCCCGUUGGGAUUCAUAUGGGUCGACUUCAAUCUGCCUUAGAUCACCCUUCUACUUUAGCCAAAGUCAGAGAAAUCAGUGAGAAAUUUAAGGGGAAAAAACUUAUUCUUGGUGUUGAUGAUAUGGAUGUUUUUAAAGGUAUCGGCCUAAAGUUCUUGGCCAUAGAACAACUCCUUCAACAAUAUCCAGAAUUGCAGGGUGAAUUAAUACUGAUCCAAAUUGUAAAUCCACCUAGGAGCACUGGCAAUGAUAUUGAGGAAGAAAAGAAGGAGAUAUACAUUACUGCCAAAAGGAUAAAUGAAAGGUUUAGUUUGCCAGGUUAUGAACCUGUCAUCAUCAUUGAUCAACCUAUUUCUUUAUAUGAGAAGACAUCAUACUAUGCUUUGGCAGAAUGUUGCAUUGUGAAUGCGGUGCGGGAUGGUAUGAAUUUGGUUCCUUACAAAUACGUUGUCUGCAGGCAUGGGAGUCCUAAAAUGGAUGAAGCUUUAGAAAUUGCUUCUGAAUCCCCUCGUACAAGUGCACUUGUUGUUUCUGAGUUUAUAGGUUGCACUCCAUCUCUUAGUGGGGCAAUCAGGGUAAACCCAUGGGACAUUAAUGCUGUGGCUGAUGCACUGAAUUUGGCCAUCACAAUACCUAGUGGAGAGAAACAACUGCGUCAUGAGAAUCACUAUCGAUAUGUUAGCUCUCAUGAUGUAGCUUACUGGGUCCGAUGUUUUAUGAAAGAUCUAGAGCACUCGUGCAGGGAUCACUAUAAUAAAAAUUGCUGGGGCUUUGGCUUUGGCCUGAGUUUCAGAAUUUUAUCUCUUUCUCCUAGUUUCAGUAAGUUGUCUAUAGACCACAUUGUCUCUGCAUAUAGAAGGAAAAAUUGCAGGGCACUGUUUUUGGAUUAUGAUGGUACAAUCAUACCUCAAACAUCCAUUGUUAAAACCCCUGGUCCUGAAGUCAUAACUGUUCUGAAUAACCUUUGCAAUGACCCUAACAACAUUGUGUUUAUAGUAAGUGGCAGGGGGAAAACCACACUGAGUGAAUGGUUCGAUCAGAUUGAGAAUCUUGGUAUAGCAGCUGAGCAUGGUUAUUUUCUAAGGUGGGGUCAACAAUCAACUUGGGAAAUAAGUCAUCCAAGUACAACUUGGGAAAUAAGUCAUCCAAGUACUAAUUUUUCUUGGAAAAGGAUUGUUGAACCUGUAAUGAGAUUGUAUACUGAGGCAACGGAUGGCUCCUAUAUAGAGACCAAAGAGAGUGCCUUGGUAUGGCACUACUAUGAUGCUGAUCCUGAUUUUGGAUCUUGGCAAGCCAAGCAGCUGUUUGAUCACCUUGAAAGUUUAUUUGCAAAUGAACCUGUAGUUGUUAAGAAGGGAAAGCAUAUUAUAGAAGUCAAGUCACAGGGAAUCACUAAAGGGUUAGUUGCAGAGGAAGUUCUGUCUACAAUGGCCAGGGACGGGAAAUUGCCAGAUUUUGUAUUGUGCAUAGGGGAUGAUAGAUCUGAUGAGGAUAUGUUUGAGAGCUUAUUAACCAAAGCUUAUAGUGGAACCUCUUCUCCUGCACCAGAAAUCUAUGCAUGCACUGUUGGUCAGAAACCAAGUAAAGCUAGGUACUACUUAGAUGAUGUUGUGGAUGUGAUGAGGUUGCUUCAAGCUCUUGGUACCGUUUCAGUGCCUUAAUCAAGAUAUUCUGAAGAAGGCUCUUCUGGAAAAAAACAGAAAUCUGUUUUGAGAAUGUUGUUUGAAAUGCAAACUUUACCUAUAUCUAUUUUAAUACUUGUUUUUCAUACAUAGACAUGCUUCAAGGAAGUCGUUUAAAAUUUGAUUUUCAGGUUUUGAUUAUUGAGGAUGCUGUGGCAUUAGUUUCUAGACAAUGAGCAUCAAGGGUUAGAGUUGCUGCUUUUGAUUGGUGGGUGGGGGAAAAUGGAUGUUUAUUCUGUAUCUUUUUUUUUUUUUUUUAGUACAUUGUUUAUGCUGUCUUUUAGCAGUACUUUAGAUAUUGAGAAAUAUUUUUAGGUUCUGAAUCUAGGCA